AUGAAUGUCAAGUCGUCCUUGAGCUGGAGAAUUCCUAUGGCUAUACAAUUGAUACCCGCUGCGAUCCUGCUGGCCGGUGGUCUCUUCUUGCACGAGAGUCCUCUAUGGCUCAUGCGUAAAGGCCACCUUCAAGAAGAUGUCCAAGAUAUGCAAAACAGACUGAAUGAGGAGGCAGCAAUCGCAGCAAGUUAUGGCAGUGGCUCAUUUGCCUUCAUCCGGGGUUGUUUGAACGAGCUAUCCCGCCCCGGCAUGCGCAACCGUGUUCUUCUUGUCUUCUGCGCUUUCGCUUUGCAGAAUCUCUCUGGCGCCUCGGCCAUCAACUACUACUCGCCUACACUAUUUGGUUCUCUUGGUGUCACGGAUAUCCCAUUAUAUACCGGAAUUUAUGGACUUGUUAAGGCUAUCGCUUCGAUCAUCUACUACAUCUUCUUCAUCGAUGUGCUUGGCCGUCGCAACCCUGUGCUGGUAUCCUCGGCCGCUUGCUCGUUCUGCUUGUGGUUUGUUGGAGCGUACGUCAAGGUUGGUCAUCCAGCAGAUGCCAUUGCUGCGGGUGUACCUUUGUCAGCCUCUACAGCUGCGGGCGGCCGUGCUGCUAUCGGCAUGAUCAUGAUUUAUUCCAUCUUCUGGUCUUUCGGUUUGAAUGGGAUUCCUUGGAUUGUGUCGGCUGAAAUCUUCCCUGGAUCGCUUAGAGUUCUGACUGGAACCUAUGCUGCACUUUGUCAAUGGCUAGUCCAAUUCGUCAUGACAAAGGCUUUGCCGUACAUCUUUAGUUCCUUCGAAUAUGGCACGUGGUUCUUCUUCGCUGCUUGGAUGUUGAUCGCGACACUUUGGACGUACUUCUUCAUGCCUGAGACCAAGGGCUUGACGAUCGAUCAGAUGGAUGCAUUGUUCGGCUACCAGGGACGCGCAAUAGCAGAUAAUUCAGAAAUUGGAGUGAGUUACAAGCAGGGCAUCGACUCAGUGGAGAAGGUUGGUGCAACCACGACGGAGUACGCAGAAAGAUCGUAA